AUGUCGUCUCCUUCAACAUGGUUAAUAGUGGGAGCUUCCAGGGGCAUUGGCCUGGAGUUCGUGCGUCAAUUGCUUGACCAAGGUCAUCAGGUCAUUGCUGCGGUUCGGAAUCCCGCAACGGCGAACCAGAUCUGGCAAUUAUCUGCAAAGCAAACGAGGCCUGGAGCCUGUUUGAUUGAACAGUGCGAUGUGACGGAUGAAGCAAGCAUAGACGCUUUUGCCACCCGAAUGGGAAAUCUCGUGUCCAAAGGCAUGAGAAUCGAGAAUGUGGUGCUGAACUCGGGCGUGCUGAAGUAUCCCAAUGGCUACAGAAAUGUACAAGACAAGAACCACGACGCAAUUGUUGCAUUUGAUCCCAAUGUACUGACAUUUGUUGGCAUUUACAGAUCUUUUAGCGAUUUCGCACUGCACCUACACACGAAUACGAUCGGGCCGAUUCUUGUGGCACAGAAAGUACUCAACAUCAGCAGCUCAGCUCCGCCUGCAAAGAUGAUCUUCAUUUCUUCUGACUCAGGCUCGACUGCAGAGUUUCGAGACCAUGAGGAUGGAUUCGGUGCAUACGGCGCCAGUAAAGCGGCAUUGAACCAGAUGCUUAGGCAUAUGGCUGCCGAGUUGAAGAGGAAAGGAGGGAAGUGGGCCGAUGUGUGUGUGCUAGCUAUGCACCCCGGUGAGGUCCAGACAGACAUGGCCAACAUCGAGGUCGACUGGGAGGUCGAAGGUAUCAUCGAUGCGGAUGAAAGUGUCACGAAGAUGUUGAAGGUCAUUGGUGAGAAGGACAAAUCGCAAAGUGGCACGUUCUGGUGUUGGGAUGGGAGGGAGUAUCCCUGGUGA